AUGCUACCUGUAACAGACAGUUUGGAAAAUUCUAUCGACAUUUUAGAAAAUCUGCCAAAAGAGUUAAUCCACGUCGGAGACGGUAGUAGACUUUUUAUUACAGAUGGCAUUAAUAGAAAAGAGUUAGCGACCAUG